UUGCUAAUCAGCGAGCAAUUUGUCCCAAGUGACUACUGACUUUAGAGGGGCGUAACCGCCAGCCCACAAACUAAUGAACGUUCUUGCCGCCAUGCUCACGUACAUAUACGACACAUAGAUCCGUAUAAAAGGCAGCUAGCAGCCCCACUAGAGUCCAGAGUCACGUUUAUCUCUCUAUGUGGAAAGGAUUAAUAAAUAUACUCCAAGCGUGAAAAAAGACGUACGUACCCACGAACGGCAGUGAAAAUUUAUGACACUUGUUGCAAAAGGACUAAGGACAUGCUUCGCUUAUUAAUACGCGUAUUUAUUUAGCAACGCCGUGUGCAACGACUUGGAAAAUGUGAACGACAAACGUUUUAUAAUUAUUUUAUGGACUUCAAAAAUUGUGCUGUCAACAGCCAACACUUGAAGAGUGAUAGAGAAAGAGAACCUAGAUAACUGAAAGAGCGAGCAUCCGAGUGGGUGUAGCGACUUAGCUAUAUAAGUGACUGAAUAGGGCAAUUGCUUCACCAGUUGGCCAAGUGGAUUCUCAGGAACAUGUUCAGCAUUUGGCGAUUGCUUCUUAUAGUGGGUCUUUCGAGGCAUUUGUAUGCCACGCCCAUAACACAUCUUAGCUCGGAUCAGGAGCAACUGGGUACUUGUGAGCUUCAAUUGACCAAAUAUAGGAAAUUCAUUCUACAGGCCAUACUCAGUUUUGAAGACGUCUGCGAUGCAUACAAUUCAAGGCCAGUGAAUACGGAAGAUGGACCUCUUGCCGAUGGUUGGAUUUUUAGGCACUAUGCCCCGCCACCCACAUCGCAGAGAGGUGAGAUUUGGGCCUUCUUUAAGCUGCUUAUGGCCCAGUUCAAUGACGUGGAAUUCGCAACCAUAAUUCGGGACGCAGUCAUCGAACGCUGUCGUAUCAAGUCGCAAUUGCAGCGGGACGAGAAAAGAAAUUCAGUUGUACUGGGCAAGAAGCAGAGAUUCCACUCAUGGGGCGGCAAAAGAUCUCCCGAACCACUGCUUUUUCUACAAACAGAUGGCGCAGGCCAGGGGGUAGCUAGAUUAGAACACAGUUACUUCUAGAAAGUGUUGUUUGUUCAAUGAGAGGGUCCUUUCCGAAAAUGUAUGAAACGCCAAAAUCAAGUCGUGUUAAUUGUAUAUCAUAUUAAUUGUCUAAAUAAAGAAUAAUAAUAC